AUGGAGGUGGUGGCCACUGUUAAGAGACAACCGACACUCGGCCCGGCUCACACCGCUGAGUUGCCGAUUGAAACUGCCUUGACCUCAUACCUCCAUGUCCUCUUGAACGCGAAUAUCUUCGAGGGGCUAAGCCGCAGCGCGAUGCUGCAGGAACUUUCGCAUAUGGACAGGAUAACACAACUUCAAGAUGAGAUCCAGCAGCUCCUCAUGAUCAUGUCCAACACGAUCGCGUACCUCACGUCGCGCGCCAACUUUCUACAAGUCAGUCCCGAGAUACCCGUUACAAAGCAGAGGAACCCCGAAAAAUUCGAUGCGCCAGACGUGUUUGAAGCGAACCAGAAGGAACUUGUAACAGACCUCAUCGUCAAGGCGAAGCAGAUUGAAUAUCUUAUUAAUUCAUUACCUGAGCCUGAGCCCGAGGAGGAGCAAGCUAAACGUCUUCGAACCCUUGAAGACGACAUGACAGUCGCAAAUGCUGAGUAUAUUAGAGCCGUUAAUCGCGCAAAGGACCUGCAUUCACAAAUCUCUGAAGUUCUUAAGAUGAUGCUUGAGGAGACUGACGGGAUCGAGCUGAAAGAUGAAGGAAACGAGAGAUAG